AUGAAAACGAGUACAAUACUGCCGUUUUUCAAGUGGAGGACAAAUGGAACUACCAAGGUAUUACCAAAAACUGCUAGCCCGGGGCUUUACCAUGUUGUUGGAACCUUGUCACCUCCUCCCGGAAGUAGCGAGGAGAUCAGUACUACUACAGAUGAUACGGAGACUGAUUCAGUCGAAACGACAGAAUUACCAUCAUCAGUCGCAACUACUGUGGUUGAAAAUGUUUCGGAUGCAGGAAAUUCUACUGGUAAUCUUACAGGUACAACAACUGCAUAG